UCUCCUUCUUCUCCCCCAUCAUCUCCAUUAAUCCAUUCCCAUCACAAAGAGCAAAAGAAACAGAACCAGAGCAAGAGAGAAAAUGGGUAAGCUAAACCAUCCUCCAUUCAUAACCCAUUUCAGCCAUCCCCAUCCAUUAGAGCUCUGCAAUCUCGAUCUCCCCAAUAAUCAAACCCACUAUCUUCCUCCAUCAUCAUCUUGCUCAGCCUGUUCUCUUCCUCUAUCCUCCGGUUACAUCUACAUCUGCAAAACAUGUCCAAAUUUCUCCCUCCACCUUUCUUGUUCUCAAUUACCUCCUUCAAUCACCCACCCUUCUCAUCCUUACCACCCUCUCUUUCUCACCCCUACUUCCACUUAUCCCGGCGGCCAAUUCAGCUGCGACGCCUGUAAAAUCCAUAGCGCCGGAUUCAGUUACCAUUGUUCAAGUUGCAGCUUUGAUUUACAUAUCAAAUGUGUUAUCAGACCAUUGAUUAAAAAUCAUCAUUUGCAUCCUCACCCACUUGAUCUCACGUUUGCUCCUCCUUAUGGAGAUGGAUCUGGAUUCUCAUGUGAUGUUUGUCGUCAUGUUGGUACUUCCCAUUGGCUUUAUCGAUGUAAAGACUGUGAAUUUGAUGUUCAUCUUGAUUGCCCUUCUUCAGUUCCGGGAAGACAAAGUACUCCGGCGCCGUUGAUUCAUCAACAAUCAUUGCCUGCGCCGCCACUCAAACAUCAACAAUCAAUGCCGGCGGCUGCCUUUAAGAAAAUUAAGUCUUUUUCAAAAAAUAUUUUCCAACAGGCGCCACUUACUCAUCAACAAUCGUUGCCGGCGAUGGGGGUUGCCGGCGGUCAGCCUCCGAUGCAGCAGAAUUACUAUCCGCAACCUCAAUUUCAACAGCAACAACAGCAGCAGCAGGUAAAUCAAGCUCCGAUAAUGCAACAAAGUGCGAGCUUGGGGGUGAUGCAAAAUCAACGGCCGCCGGUACAGUCAUGGCAGGCUCAGGCUCAGGCGCCGGGUCAGGCGAUGGGUCCGGCGGCGAAUCAGUCGAUGGGGGAUAUGGUGAUGCAGGCGGCGGUGCAAGGGUUUGUAGAGGGGGCGGCGCAACAGGUGGCACAGACUAUGGUUCAAGAUUUUAUUUUGAACGACGGCGGCGCCGGCGCCGGUGAUAACAAUAAUGGUGGAGAUCAAGUUGACUGUGAGAAUUAUUGAUCGUGGGGGCAUAUUUUGAAAUAAUUUUUAUUUUCU